AGAGUUUCUGCCUCUCCUGACACACAGAGAUGGCUGCAGCUCUGACUGUCCUUCUCAUCGGCUGUCUGCUGCAAACUGCCCUGUGUGGACAGUUCAAGACCAUUAUACCACAGACUAUAAAAGUCCUGAGUGGAUCCUGUGUGACCAUCCCCUGCUCCUUUGAUGUAGAGGACCGGUAUAUCUCAAGUAUUAAUGGAACAUGUAGAGCACUGUGGAAAUCUGAUGUACAUUCUGUUGUGUUUAACAGCAGUAAUCCACAAUCAAGUGCAAUACAAGGAGAACUGAAAGGAGACUUGACAAGAAGAGACUGCAGCACAACCCUGAACAACAUGAGACCUGAGCACAGCAAAGAAUAUUUAUUGAGAGUGCAUUGUGAUCAGUUCAGAUAUAAUUUUCAUGACCAGAAGUUGCACAUUUCAGUCACAGAUGAUCCACCCACACCGACUCUGACUCCGUCCACACUGAAGGUGGAGGAGGGAACCUCAGUGAGUUUGAAGUGCUCUGCUCCAGCUCCCUGUCUGUCUCAUCCUCCAGCUCUGACAUGGACCUCCAGCCUGGGUCACAUUCAGGAGUCACUGCAGGAGAAUCAGGACAGAACUAAAGUCCAGACCUCUGUUCUGAACUUCACUGCUUCUAACCUUCAUCAUGGAAAGAUAAUCUCCUGUACUGCAGUCUACAACAAACAAGAUGGCAGCUCUCAGUCAGUUAGCACCAGUUUGACAGCUGAUGUUUCAUACUCACCCAAAAACACCACAGUGUCAGUCAGUCCCUCUGGUCCAGUACCAGAGAACAGCAGAGUGACUCUGACAUGCAGCAGUACUGCCAACCCUGCAGUAAGGAGCUACACCUGGUACAGAGCUGACGGAGGUCAGGAGGUUUUCAUGGGGACUGGAAAUGUUUUAGACAUCACAGCUUCUGAAGUCAGCGCUUCUUUUUUCUGCAAGGCUGAAAACGAUCUUGGAGCUGAACGAUCCGACACCAAACAAAUAGAAGUUCAGUACUCACCCAAACACACCACAGUGUCAGUCAGUCCCUCUGGUCCAGUACCAGAAGACACUGAUGUGACUCUGACAUGCAGUAGUUCUGCCAACCCUGCAGUGAAGAACUACACCUGGUACAGAGCUGACGGAGGCCAGGAGACUUUUAUUGGAGCUGGACAUGUUUUAAACAUUAAAGCUUCUAAAGUCAGUGGUCCUUUUUUCUGCAAGGCUGAAAAUGUUCUAGGAGCUGGACGAUCCAACAUCAGUCAAAUAGAUGUUCAGUACUCACCCAAACACACCACAGUGUCAGUCAGUCCCUCUGGUCCAGUACCAGAAGACACUGAUGUGACUCUGACAUGCAGUAGUUCUGCCAACCCUGCAGUGAAGAACUACACCUGGUACAGAGCUGACGGAGGCCAGGAGGUUUUCAUGGGGACUGGAAAUGUUUUAGACAUCACAGCUUCUGAAGUCAGCGCUUCUUUUUUCUGCAAGGCAGAAAACGAUCUUGGAGCUGAACGAUCCGACACCAGACAAAUAGAAGUUCAAUACUCACCCAAACACACCACAGUGUCAGUCAGUCCCUCUGGUCCAGUACCAGAAGACACUGAUGUGACUCUGACAUGCAGUAGUUCUGCCAACCCUGCAGUGAAGAACUACACCUGGUACAGAGCUGACGGAGGCCCGGAGACUUUUAUUGGAGCUGGACAUGUUUUAAACAUUAAAGCUUCUAAAGUCAGUGGUCCUUUUUUCUGCAAGGCUGAAAAUGUUCUAGGAGCUGGACGAUCCAACAUCAGUCAAAUAGAUGUUCAGUACUCACCCAAACACACCACAGUGUCAGUCAGUCCCUCUGGUCCAGUACCAGAAGACACUGAUGUGACUCUGACAUGCAGUAGUUCUGCCAACCCUGCAGUGAAGAACUACACCUGGUACAGAGCUGACGGAGGCCAGGAGGUUUUCAUGGGGACUGGAAAUGUUUUAGACAUCACAGCUUCUGAAGUCAGCGCUUCUUUUUUCUGCAAGGCAGAAAACGAUCUUGGAGCUGAACGAUCCGACACCAGACAAAUAGAAGUUCAAUACUCACCCAAACACACCACAGUGUCAGUCAGUCCCUCUGGUCCAGUACCAGAAGACACUGAUGUGACUCUGACAUGCAGUAGUUCUGCCAACCCUGCAGUGAAGAACUACACCUGGUACAGAGCUGACGGAGGCCAGGAGACUUUUAUUGGAGCUGGACAUGUUUUAAACAUUAAAGCUUCUAAAGUCAGUGGUCCUUUUUUCUGCAAGGCUGAAAACGAUCUUGGAGCUGAACGAUCCAACACCAGACAAGUAGAAGUUCAAUACUCACCCAAACACACCACAGUGUCAGUCAGUCCCUCUGGUCCAGUACCAGAAGACACUGAUGUGACUCUGACAUGCAGUAGUUCUGCCAACCCUGCAGUGAAGAACUACACCUGGUACAGAGCUGACGGAGGCCAGGAGACUUUUAUUGGAGCUGGACAUGUUUUAAACAUUAAAGCUUCUAAAGUCAGUGGUCCUUUUUUCUGCAAGGCUGAAAAUGUUCUAGGAGAUGGACGAUCCAACAUCAGUCAAAUAGAUGUUCAGUACUCACCCAAACACACCACAGUGUCAGUCAGUCCCUCUGGUCCAGUACCAGAAGACACUGAUGUGACUCUGACAUGCAGUAGUUCUGCCAACCCUGCAGUGAAGAACUACACCUGGUACAGAGCUGACGGAGGCCAGGAGACUUUUAUUGGAGCUGGACAUGUUUUAAACAUUAAAGCUUCUAAAGUCAGUGGUCCUUUUUUCUGCAAGGCUGAAAAUGUUCUAGGAGCUGGACGAUCCAACAUCAGUCAAAUAGAUGUUCAGUACUCACCCAAACACACCGCAGUGUCAGUCAGUCCCUCUGGUCCAGUACCAGAGAACAGCAGAGUGACUCUGACAUGCAGCAGUACUGCCAACCCUGCAGUAAGGAGCUACACCUGGUACAGAGCUGACGGAGGUCAGGAGGUUUUCAUGGGGACUGGAAAUGUUUUAGACAUCACAGCUUCUGAAGUCAGCGCUUCUUUUUUCUGCAAGGCUGAAAACGAUCUUGGAGCUGAACGAUCCGACACCAAACAAAUAGAAGUUCAGUACUCACCCAAACACACCACAGUAUCAGUCAGUCCCUCUGGUCCAGUACCAGAAGACACUGAUGUGACUCUGACAUGCAGUAGUUCUGCCAACCCUGCAGUGAAGAACUACACCUGGUACAGAGCUGACGGAGGCCAGGAGACUUUUAUUGGAGCUGGACAUGUUUUAAACAUUAAAGCUUCUAAAGUCAGUGGUCCUUUUUUCUGCAAGGCUGAAAAUGUUCUAGGAGAUGGACGAUCCAACAUCAGUCAAAUAGAUGUUCAGUACUCACCCAAACACACCACAGUGUCAGUCAGUCCCUCUGGUCCAGUACCAGAAGACACUGAUGUGACUCUGACAUGCAGUAGUUCUGCCAACCCUGCAGUGAAGAACUACACCUGGUACAGAGCUGACGGAGGCCAGGAGACUUUUAUUGGAGCUGGACAUGUUUUAAACAUUAAAGCUUCUAAAGUCAGUGGUCCUUUUUUCUGCAAGGCUGAAAAUGUUCUAGGAGAUGGACGAUCCAACAUCAGUCAAAUAGAUGUUCAGUACUCACCCAAACACACCACAGUGUCAGUCAGUCCCUCUGGUCCAGUACCAGAAGACACUGAUGUGACUCUGACAUGCAGUAGUUCUGCCAACCCUGCAGUGAAGAACUACACCUGGUACAGAGCUGACGGAGGCCAGGAGACUUUUAUUGGAGCUGGACAUGUUUUAAACAUGAAAGCUUCUAAAGUCAGUGACUCGCCCAAACACACCACAGUGUCAGUCAGUCCCUCUGGUCCAGUACCAGAAGACACUGAUGUGACUCUGACAUGCAGUAGUUCUGCCAACCCUGCAGUGAAGAACUACACCUGGUACAGAGCUGACGGAGGCCAGGAGACUUUUAUUGGAGCUGGACAUGUUUUAAACAUUAAAGCUUCUAAAGUCAGUGGUCCUUUUUUCUGCAAGGCUGAAAAUGUUCUAGGAGCUGGACGAUCCAACAUCAGUCAAAUAGAUGUUCAGUACUCACCCAAACACACCACAGUGUCAGUCAGUCCCUCUGGUCCAGUACCAGAAGACACUGAUGUGACUCUGACAUGCAGUAGUUCUGCCAACCCUGCAGUGAAGAACUACACCUGGUACAGAGCUGACGGAGGCCAGGAGACUUUUAUUGGAGCUGGACAUGUUUUAAACAUUAAAGCUUCUAAAGUCAGUGGUCCUUUUUUCUGCAAGGCUGAAAAUGUUCUAGGAGCUGGACGAUCCAACAUCAGUCAAAUAGAUGUUCACUUUGCUCCACAGAUCCUGUCCUCAUAUGGCUGCAUUCAAACUGCAGACCAGCUCAACUGUUCCUGUGAGACUGUGGGAAAUCCUCCUCCUGCUCUACAGUGGUAUUUGGAUGGGUUACCUGUCAAUCACUCUGACAGGUUUGCAAUCAGCAGUGAGCCUCUAAACGUCUCAGGUCUGAGGAGCAUCAUCACUGUGAGUCAACCACAACAGAGGGAACUUUCCACUUUGCUCUGCCACAGCUCCAACUCCCUGGGAUCAGCUACUCAGAGAUUUUGUGUCAACAACCUUGAGCCUCAAAUAUCUGCAAAACAUCAAGACUUCGUGUUGUUGCUAGUGUACAUCACCAUAAUUGUGGCGCUAUUUCUAGUAAUAUGUGGUCUGCUGUUGGUCAUCAGGGCUCAGAGGACUCACCAGGUCGUUCAUAAGAGCACAGUUGCUAUGAGCCAAGUUCUCACAAGUGGAGAGGCAGAUGAGGAACCCAAUGCAGAAGAAGAAGCCAUUUAUAGCAACGCCGACGAGGCGAGACAGGGAGGUGUCGCCGAUCUUGCAGCCAACUUCGAGCCAAACAGUGCCAACUUGCCCGGUGCUGGGCCAAACACUGCAGAGGGAGCUGCUGAAGGCUCAGAGAAGAAGAAGGAGGAGGGCAGUGAUGGGAUUUACUCUACUUGAGAUGGGAAACCUAUACGAUGAAUUCGAGCCUAGACUGAAGAAUAAGGCAGUGGAAUGUGAAUAUGCCCAGGUUAGAUUUAAAAGGAAAAAAGUGUUUUGCGCAAAUAGAUCACAGGUCACUAUAUUGUUGUGCAAGUUAUUUUUCCAGAAUGUCAUGCUCUCUUGGUUUUUUUGUUUUGUUUUUGUAGCUGUCGUUGCUUUGAAACGUAAAUUUAGAUUCAUAUUCCCUUGUUUUUUCUUUAAUGUAGUUUAUUUGGGUUUUUUUUGAAUUUUUACAGUUUUUUGGGUCACUUCAUAUUUUUGUGCAUAAUUAUUGACAGGCUUGACAAAGAGAGAGGACUCAGAUGCAGAUUGGCGACGGUAAUGACAGGUUUUAUUUUCAGGUUCGUAUCUCUUCAGACAGAAUGAUAAAUAAAUUGGCUAUGAAAAAUUGUGGGUCAAGAGGACAAGCCAAGACAAUAAAGAACACGAAAUGAACAAAAAAAAACCUACUUCCGUAGGUGGAAAUAGGAAAACUAUACUGAUCUCAAAAAACUAAUACUAUGAAAAUUUAAUAAACAAGAACUCACUCUCAGAGGAAAAAGCUCACAGGCUAUCAAAAUUAUGUACUCUAUGUUACAAAAAUUAUCAAAAGAAAAUGCUCCAAAGGAGGAAAAAGCAAACACUAUCAAAUUAUCUGGCUGGAAACAAAAAGGUCUGACCAAAAAUUAUUAACACAAAAUCACUCAUCUUCAGAGGAAUACAGAGACUGAAAAUAAAGCUUGACAAUACUUAACUUGGCAAGGAACAAGACUAUGAACAAGGCUGGAUAGUAUUCGACAGGACAAAACAAAAUACUCUGGCAACGCAGACAGGGAAGACAAAGACUUUAUACACCUGAGGGAGGGGAGCACAGGUGGAAACAAUCAAGGAUUAGGGAUGAGGUCAGACGGUGACACAAGAGGAAGGGCAACGACCUGAAACGAGAGGAGACUUACCUUUCAAAAUAAAACAUGAAAUUCACAAGACAAAAAAACCAUGACAGGACAUCCCUCACUGCGGUGUGACAAUUAUAUCAUCACAUUAUAAUAGUGAUUAGCAAAUGUAAAUUGAGAGCUACCUUUCUGUUUUGCAUACAUUUUAGCAUGUUUUGUUUAUGUCAGCAGACAACAGUAUAGAAAAUCUGUUUAGUUUUUUCAAAUGUUUUGUAUAUGUACAUAGUAUGCCUAUAAGCUACAGCAGAGGAUCCUAUUAUCACAAAGUGUGCUAGACAAUGGAAGGAGAAACAAACUCACAUAGUCUGUUUAUGUCUCAGGUAUAAGGAAGUGGAAACCUCAUUAAUACUAAUUUUGGAGUUCUUCCUUACAUGAAUUACCUCCACGGUAAUGUACAACAUUCUGUUGAGUGUUUAGUAUACCAGAUUUUAGAAACAGGCAAGAGAGCCUCUCCUUUAGUCUCUGUCAUUGUUGAGGCUGACUUUCAGGAGCGUGUGAGAGUUUGGCCUAAAAUGUGGAAAAGUAAAAAAGAAAAAAUAAUAAUAAAAUGUAUUUUUC